UUCUAUUUCCAUUCCAGACCAUGUUCAGAACAUGGUUAGCUGGAUUUCCAGUAAAUACAGAGAAAAUCAAGAUGAUGAAAAUGGAGACGAUGAAGCAGAAUACAACAAGAAGAGAAUUACCCUUCUGGGAUUUUCUUUUCACUGCCAAACAUGAAUUCCACCAGGAAAAUAAGUUCAUCUUCAGACGAUUAUAUUAAUUCUUCACCUUCAAACCAUCUUGCUCAAGAUCUCCUUCUUGAAAUUCUCUCAAGACUACCCAUCUAAUCUCUGGUUCGAUUUUCUUGCGUCAACAAAUCAUGGGGAAUGCUCGGCCGCGACCCUGUCUUCACCGCACUUCAAAUCAAAAGAUCAUCAUCUUCAACUUUCAAUUCCACUGCUCUAAUCAGAGCUCACGCCGUUGAAGGAAGCUUCACCUCCUUCUUCUCAGAAAAUCAGGAGUCUCACACGGUGGAUAUCCCAUUGGAGAUCACUUACAAAGACGUUCAGAUUGUUGAUUGCUGUAAUAGCGUUUUCUGUGUCAGUCCUUCCCUUGAUUUCGGCUUCAAUAACUAUUUUCUCAACCCUGCAACCAGAGAAUUCAAAUCUGUGUCUGGAGAUAAUUUAGGGUUUAAAGAAAUUAGGACUGUAACUCUUGGGUUUGGCAAGCUGGUGAAAAUCUUUAGUCCUCACAUAAUCAAUCCAGAAUCUUCAAAGCUUCAAUCUGAAAUCCAUGUCUACACAUUGAGCUCCAAUGCUUGGAGAAACACAGGUUUUAUAGAAGCAAAUGUAGGAUCUAAACUCCAUAAAUCAGCAGCUAGACUGAAUGGUUUUCUUCACUGGAAAGCAGAAGAAAUUAACAGUAACAAGCCCUGUGAAUUCAUCUUCUCCUUCAACCUAUCCACCGAAGCGUUUCGAAAACUCCCACUACCUGAAAUUUCGAGAAACUCCACGGCCAGAUACUGGUACCCGUCUCUGUUACACCACUCACUUUCUGUAAUCGUCUGCCAUGGAGAAAAUUACCAGAGGAGCAACAGAUUUGACAUCUGGAUAAUGCACGAAUACGGUAAUAACCAGUCGUGGAACAAGAGAAUCGCCAUUGAUGAACCUCACCUGAGGAUCAAAAGAGUGGUGGGGUGUUGCAGAAACGGCGAGGUGAUUCUAACGAACUUGAAUCAGGAGAUUUUGGUGUUCGAUCCGAUAAAUCAAGCAAAAACAAAAAGAGUAAAUCUGAGUGGAGCUGAGGCAGAUCAAAUCCAGAUGUUCGAUUACUUAGAGACCUUUGUGGGGAUCGGAGGAAGAAAAAUGAAUCUGCAGAUUCUAGAUAGGAUGUGGUUCGGGUUUUACAUGUGUUGUUUGGUUCUGUUAAUUGGUUGGCUGACUCUUCUUCGAUUCUCCCAGUGGAGAGUAGGCAAGAAAAAGAAGAGGAAGAAGCAGAAGAAAAGCACACAAGCUGCUGCCAUUUUCUGA